ACUGUCAGUAGACUAAGGUAGAUGAUCAUGUUUCAUUCAAAACAGAUGAAGAGCAAAAAAAGAACUUCACUUUAGCCGUUUGUUUUAUGUUCAAUCAGAAUCCACAACGUUGUCUCAGGGGUCUGAAGUCCGAAUUCACCGAUAUAGCCCACCGUGCUGAAAAGUUGUUCCCCAUUCUCACUCACCUGACCGUUGAAACAGGCUACAUGAAAAAAGGCUGCCCGACAACUUUAUUUUGUUUCUCUAUGUUGCAUUCAACGCAGUCAACGUAUUUUGACGCUUUCAAAACGCCGACUGGAUGCCAGUGACAUGUUGAUCAGCAACAAAUAUGGCAUCAUGGAUUAUAAAAAUUGCCUUGAUGGCAAUGAGUAUCUUAAUCGAAACUACAGAAGGGAAAAAAGACAAGGUGCUGUAUUGUUCAGCAUGCAGGGCUAUUGUUGAUGAGCUCAAUUAUUCAAUCAGUCAGAUUGAUCCGAAGAAGACCAUCAAUGUGGGAGCCUUCAGACUCAAGCCUGAUGGGAGCCUGACUGAUAAAAAGGUCCCUCUUGCUAGAUCUGAGACCAACUUGAGUGAGCUUCUGGAUGGAGUUUGUGGUAGCAUGAGUGACUAUGCUCUUCAUGUGGACCCAGACACCAAGAAAAAGCUAUACAAAAGAUUUGCUCCAAGAAGUUCUGAUGCUGGGGAUUUUCCUGAUUUUAACAAUUUCAAGUUCGAUGGCCCAGGGGGAUCCAAUGCCCUACAAUUUGCGUGUGAAAGCAUUGUGGAGGAAUUUGAAGAUGAUAUCAUCUCUCUUUUUGCCAAAGAGACAGACCAUGUGGUCGACAAGUUAUGCAAUGAAGUAUCAGAUCACUGUAAAGGCACAAAAUUCCAGAGUGACGAACUAUAGUUUUACAUGCGUCUCUGCUGCGGGUGAUUGGACCAGUUUAGAUAUAUAUUUCAAAUGAAGAAAUAAUGCUUGAAGGAUGUUGUAUCAAUCAAGUUGCAUUCUUUUAAAUAAAGUUUUCUAUUUUAAAUGGGGAUGCUGGUAUAAUGUUGUCAGAUACACAGAAUUGUAUCAUGAGAUAGAAAGUCAGGUUUGUUUCUUUAGGUAAUCCUAGUAGGCCUAAUUUUUUUAAAUGCAGGAGGAAGAAGUGGCACUCAAAAUAAUAACAUGGGUGUAAAAAAUUAAAAAGCUAAGUUUGAAUGUGCUGUACUCAGCUGUGAGAGACUGAGGAGGCCGCCAUGUCAAAAAAAAGAUGGCGUGGCAACCUACAGACAAUGUCAAAGUGAGCUGGAUCAGCAAUUUUUGUCUAUUUAAAACCACCUUCAUCAGCUGAACAGUUCUAGAAUUGUUUGUAAUGUUAUAGAAUUCCGACUGUCUUGAUUAUCCAGAGGUCAACCGUUGGAGAUGGUGGAUUUCUGCAUGGCAGAUUGCAUUUGAUUUGCACGAGGAAUUCUUAGAUGAAGGAGGGAGUUGAUUCUUGAUUUUGAAAUGGGCAGUCACUUUACGUCCUGUCAUCUGCAACAAUUGAAUUCGUCGUGGUAUCAUUUUAAACCUUUGUGAGCUUUAAAAUCUGUGCGAGUAUGUCAAAUGUUAUAACAAUUUAUCCUAAAAAAUGUAUCCUCCCCCAAAAAAUACACCUGUUUGCUUGAUCUUAUUUUUAGAUGUUUUGUAUUUUGUUAUUUGAACUUUACGUUUGAUGUUAUGACUCAUUUUUUUAAGGAUAUAGAUCAGAAUAGACCUGGGAUGUUCUAUUUAUCGUUAUCACAUCAAUUUGGGCAAUUUAUCACAAUAUGAAUUUUUGUCCAUAUUGCCCAGCUUUAGAUCAGAACAUGUGAAAAAUGAAUCCAAGGGGAUCUCCCUCUAUCAGUGAAUUUGCAAUGUUACCAAAUGUUUGCAGUGGGGGGAAAAACCUACAUGAGAGCCUUAAUAGUUAUACAUUGGCCUGAUAUAACCACCUCCCUAUAACACAAAUUAGUCUAAGUGCCUAAAUCAAGUAAAUUAUCGUCCCAAUUGUGAUAACACUCAUAUCUCAGAGCACACCGGUUGUACAUUCUCCUACAGAUUGAACACUUCCUCCAGAGGAGAUUUCUUUGUGCUAUAUAUGCCAGGAAAAAGCUCAACUUCAUGGACAAUUUUCAUAUAAUGACCCUCACAGCUUCAUCAUAUAAUGACAAUUUUGGGGCGUUUAUGAUCUAAAUAUUUUAAUUUCAAGGGAAAUAAUUUAUCAUUUUGGUACAGUUUUACACAAAAUGUAUCUAUACUUCUUUGUGGAAAUAUUUGGGUCAGUUUUUGAAAAACAUGUCAGACCUUUGGCCAAAGAACAAAUGCAUGGCUUUCACUGGCUACAUGUGACAAAUGAAACCCUAUGAACCAGACUAGUUGAAUACAAACAAGAUACAAUAUAUAAUUUUCAUUACCAUCAGGAAUUACAGCAUUUUCCCCAUACUGCACUUCCAGUUCUUUCAAAACAAAAGUCUUCAACUUGUUGCAUUUUCCUUUAAAUUGUGUGUUGGGAGUUUGUUCUGGUUUAAGAAAGUGUAAGCUUUUCUUUGUGUGUAUAGCGUCUCUGGGUGUCUAGGGCUUGAGCUUAACUUCAUGACAGAUCAAGGGCUACCAAGGUGCUGUUGGCAAGGGGCUCAAAGUGGCAGGACAAACUGGACCACUAAAUGCUCAUUUUUUAUGCAUGUUAGUUCCUUUGCAGUAUGCUGAGUGGACUGUUGGAAAGGGUUUCUCAGAUGAAAUGCAACCCUCACACAGGUAAUGAGAACUAUAUGAUAAACUAUUUGUACAAUUUCUCAAAUGUAAUUUCAAUGGGCCUGGAAGACCAUCUCAUUCAGAAAUGUUGUGAAAGUGAAUCUUUCCCUUUGUCUCUAUAAAGUUCAGUCACUGAGCUGCGGCAUUAACUUGUAUUCUAACAAGAUUAAAAUAUAUUUGUCCUGGA